UAAACCUAAAACCUCUAAUUAAGCGCGUGUCAGCUCCCCGAUCCCUCUCCUUACAAACAGUCUUUCACCUGCCAUGGGCCGGCUAAAGAGGCUAAGAAAUCUCAUGCACAUGCUCAAAGACAAAGCCUCGUUGAUCAAAGCAACCCUAUCAAUCAAACGCGGCGCCGGUUCUUCUAUAAACGUCGCCGUCCUCCGCGCCACCACCCACGACUCGUCCAGACCUCCGUCCGAGAAGCGUGUCGCCGGCGUCCUCUCCCUCGGCGACGGGUCCCGCCUCACCGCGUCCUUAUGCAUCGAAGCGAUCAUGGAUCGACUGCACGACACGCGCGGAGCUGCGGUUGCCAUAAAAUGCCUCUUCACCACUCAUAGCAUUAUCAGAAGGGGCUCCUUCAUUCUCCAAGACCAACUCUCCUUCUAUCCUUCUUCCGGUGGCAGAAACUUUCUCAACCUCUCAACGUUCCGAGACGAUUCCGACGUGGAUAUGUGGGAAUUGUCAUGUUGGGUUAGAUGGUACGCGGGUUUCUUGGAGCAAAACUUGAUGGUUUCUAAGGUUUUGGGUCACUACCUGUGUUCAUCUCCGCGAGCCAAUAAUAAAGAAGAUAAAGAAGACACGGCGCUGACCUUUUCCAACUCCGAUUUAUCAAGAGAGCUCGAUGUUCUUGUGGAUUUCGCAGAGCAAAUUGGCGAAGCGCCGGAAUCGUUACACCUUCAGAGGAACGACUUGGUUUACGAGGUGGUGAGAAUGGUGAGUGAAGAUUACAGGUUGGCUCAGUCGGAAAUCUUCCUCCGAGUUGUGGAACUCGGCAACAGAGUGGAGAAUCUGAGUUACGAUGAGAUGACUCAUGUGCUAAAGGCGUUGAAGAGGUUUGAGGAUUGCAAAGAGAGGUUGUUGUUGUUGUUCGCGAAUCGAAAGAAGAAUGAUGGGUUGUGGGAUUUGAUUAGCGAGACGAAGGUGAAGCUCCUUGCGAUGAUCCAGAAGAUAGAUGAAAUGAGGCUGGUAAUGGUUAGGAUGGGAAGGAGAGAUGACGCAGGUAGUGCGUCAACGCUGUUCAGAAACACUUUUUCCCAGUCGGGGAAGUUGUUCGGUUCGGAUCUGGUGCUGGUGCAUGGGUGGGCCUAAAUCGGGUUCCUUUGCCGGUUUCAACUGAAGUGUAAUUAAGUCACAACAUAAGGGGUUUUUGUUUGCAGCGGUACCCCUAAAUUUUAGUGUAUUUUUAUGCGAAAGAUGUCUAAUUCUCAGAAAUCCAUUUGACCAUGUUAUCUUAUAAUUGGUCGGUUGUGCAGUAACACGGUCGUCGGUGUCUUAUAUAUUCCACGCAUGUUCGUCCUCAGUCAUCCCAUUUGUAAUCUUUUCAUUCGUUUAUCCACGCAAUUAUUUAUUUUAA